AUCACUCUCUCAUCAACACCGAGCGUGGGCUCCAUAAAUAGCGGAAUUUUUAAGACGCGACGCGAUGGAUGACUGCCCUCCAGAAAUUCUGCUCAUCAUCUUCGACCUCGCCUGCGCCGACGGCGGCGCGACCGCACGCGCGCUCUCGCUCACGUCCAGGUAUAUCAGUGCGGUGGCAGCCCCCUACGUCCACCGCACCCUCGAAAUCUCCGGCAUUUCCUCCAUCGAGCGCGCCUACGCGCACCUCUCCACGCUCCCUGCCGAGCACCGGCGCGUGCACCACCUCUUUGUCUCGGACAAGCAGCUCCGCGACUCCGUGCCGGACGCGGACCUCGUUGCAUCGGAUCCAGAGAGCCUCGCCAGCGUGGAGCUGCACGAGGCCCUGCACCGCAGCAAUGCCGCCGAGGCCCGCGUACUCCCGGACCUCCUAGACCGCCUCCUCCGCCUGCUCGCGCCGUCCCUUCGCACGCUCUCCUGCGUCCUCUUCAACCCGCUCCAGUCCGCCGUCUUCGUCCGCCUCUGCGCCGUCCCCUUCCCCUUCCUCACGGACCUCACCCUCCGCCUCUCCGAGCGCAUCCUCAUGCCCCCGCCCCCCGCCGCCCCUGCCAUGCCCCGCCUCCGCCGCCUCCACUUCGCCAGCAGCCGCUACCUCUCCACCACCGCCGCCCCCGUCCUCGCGCUCUUCGCCGCAGCCUGCCCGCUCCUCGCCCACCUCCGCCUCUCCGACCUGCGCCUCAUGCCCGGCUGCGCCGCGGCCCUCUGCCGCAUGCUCGGCCGCGACCCCGUCCGCGACCAGUACGGCUGGAUCCCGUCCGCAGCGUCCCUCGACCGCGUCGCGCGCCUCCCCGCGCGCGUACGCGCCGUCGUCGUCCAGCUCGAGGACCUCGAGGCGAAGGGCUUCGGCGGCUUCGAGGCGCACCUCGUGCAGAGCGUCGCUGACACGGACCGCGCGGACGGCUUCGUGCUGCUGCCCCGCGCGCCGAGGCGGACGUACGAGCAGUGGGCCGAGGACUGGGCCGCGGUCGCCCACGGCGACUACAGCGCAUGGGAGGCCGUGCGCGCGUGAUGCGCGAUGUCCGUUCGACUCUUGGGCAUGCACGCCCUCCCCCCCAAAAUUCUUUUUUUUAGAUUUAUCCACGCAUUCGAUUUCGUUCUAGCACAUAUCGCCCUCUUCGCUCACGACCCGUUCACGACGACCCCAACGCACGCACUCGACUCGACCUUCGCCUUUGCCUUCGUUCUAAUAUCUCGUAGUAAACCUCUCCCUUCGCGUCGACCGCUAAUAUUCGGCAUGUCUCAUCCUGCCACCACCAUACCAACUAACUCACCACCAUACUUAGUCUCUGUGUAUCCGGACGGAAAGUUCGCUCUUACCCAUCCACCCACCCACCUACCCACUGUAUUUAAAUAGCUCUCACGUACGACGCUCAAUCGUUUAUGCUUCGCGGUUGUCUUCGGGUUUCUUUUUCUUUUUCUUUAUGUAUUAACAAAAGCCAGUAUGCGUACCGAGUCGAGCGCGUCCACGGCGGACGCGACAGAAUAUAAUGAUAAGUCAUGCAAC